AUGGAGGCCGUGGCGACCUCGCUGGCAGCGAGGGAAACUGAUGAGGGCUGCAUGGAGCCUGGACCUGGGCACUGGGGAGAGCUAAGCUGGACACCAGUCCCAUCCAGACCCCAGCACAAGCUGGAAGCAGCUGAGGGAGCAUCAGAGGCCCUGGACAAAGAUACCCCCAGGGCUGAGAACACACUGGUGAGUGCCAUGCUGCAUGCUGUGGCUGCCACCCACCUUCCUGUGUGCAGUCAGCAACAGGGUGAGCCUGACUUGACAGAACGGGAGAAGGUGGCCAUCCUGGGCCAGCUAUAUCAGGAGAAGCCACUGGUGUUCCUGGAGCGCUUCCGCACAGGCCUCCGAGAGGAACACCUAGCCUGUUUUAGCCACCUUCGUGGCGACCACCGUGCAGACUUCCGCUGUGCUGAGGUGGCCCGGCAGGGCACUGCCCGGCCCUGCACCUUACAUACCCGCCUGCGUAACCGUCGCUACGCUGCCCUGCGAGAGCUCAUCCUAGAGAGCGAGUACUUCAGCUAUGAGCAGAUGCGGUUCCGGGCUCCACUGCUGUACGAGCAGUAUACUAGGCAGUACCUGACCCAGGAGGAGCUCAGUGCCCGUACCCCAACCCACCAGCCCCCCAAGUCUGGCUCCCCUGGCUCCCCUGCCUGCCCCCUCUCCGACCUGCUGCUCCAGUCCUACCAGGAGCGGGAGCUGCAAGAGCGGCUGCUCCAGCAGCAGGAGGAAGAGGAGGCCUGCUUGGAAGAAGAGGAGGAGGAGGAGGACAGUGAUGAAGAAGACCAGAGUUCAGGCAGAGACUUGGAGGCCUGGGUCCCUGACUCAGAGGAGAGGCUAAUCCUGCGGGAAGAGUUCACAAGCCGGAUGCACCAGCGCUUCCUGGAUGGCAAGGACGGGGACUUUGACUACAGCACAGUGGACAAUAACCCUGACUUUGACAACUUGGACAUUGUGGCACGGGAUGAGGAAGAGAGGUACUUCGAUGAGGAGGAGCCUGAGGAUGCACCCAGCCCAGAGCUGGAAGGGAACUGA